UGGCAAGGCGGUUAAAUUAAAAAAAAAAAAAAAUAGAUAUAUCUGGAGGAUAAUGCCAAGUAAAAGAAUUACUAACAGUGUGUAUUAUUUGGAAAAAGACACAUAAAACAUACAUUGUCUGAAUAUUGUAACAGAAGCUAUCUUCAUGCACAAAUGGAUGACCCUGGAUUUGUACAAAAUGAAAAUGGCCAGACUGAACUGAAACGGAAGAGGAGGAUCUCAUCAAUAUUGAAGGCACCUCGGAGUCCCCUUACGUCUAUUGGGCCUAUCCAUGACAGAGUUAAGGAGUGUCCAACAAAGCCAGCUGAAAAAAAAACGCGCAAAUCUCGGAGAGUCAGCUUUGCUGAGACCACAGGUGUAAAGGUGUUUGAGACAGAUGCUACAGGGAUAACACUUUUGGAUAAUGCAGCAAAGGAAGGGGAAGGGGAGCAGCAGAAGAUUGACGCUGCUCAAGAUGUCAAACGACAGAUUAGUGGUAUGGAAACAUUGCUUCAUGCUCCCAUCCAGGUUCCACAGCAACAGUUUGGGGAAAACUGCAAUGAACAAGUCAACAUCGAGAGAACCACGGGUGACAGGACAGUUUUGUUUUCCAGUGAUGACAUUGAAGACAUGGAUAUGACCUACAGCCACACCGUUCUCAUUAGUGAAAAUCGAGCCAGGAAUGAAAAUCCUCCUUCAUCCAAAACUGGAAAAGUGGACUUUAAGGAUUUUCUUACCAGGCUUAAUGCAGACAUGGAAGCCUUUAUUUGUGAUUCCAACCCAGUUACACUGCAAAAGUUUGAGAAAAACUGCAAUGAUCAAUUCAACUUGCAAAGAACCAUGGGACACAAGACAAUUGUAUUUUCCAGUGAUAACAAUGAAGACAUGAAUGUGACUCGUAGCCACACCGCUCUCAUUGAUGAAAAUGAUGAUGAUAAAAGGAGAAGUAGAGUUUCUACUUCCGUCAAGUUGGAUUUCAAAACGUUCAUUUCAGGUGUAAAGACAAAUGAGGAGGAUAAUCUGCCCGGAAGAUGGCAGGACCGUACACCUUAUAGUAGUUCUGAAGAUCAAGCGCUCUGUGGGAAAGCCCUUGCAGAAAAUAAAUUUCAGUUUACGGGGUUCCUGCCAAGCAUUAACCCUAAUGGACAAAGUGCAUCUGUAAAUUUAAAAGGACCAAUUGAUAAUCUGCCAGUAAUUCAGCCAAAUCCUCCUUCAUUAAAAGCUGUAAAAGUAGACUUUAAGGAUUUUCUUUCCAGACUUAAUGCGGGUAAAUCCAUGACUGCUAAAGAAAACAGUUUUGCCGCAAGUACAGAGAUAUUCAUUUUGGACUUGGACAAACUGGGGGUGAACAAUGCUAAUAGUUCUUUGCCAACUAACACUGAUAGUUUAGGUGUGAACUUCUUUCCAGAGAAAAGGAAUGUUUUGUUUGAGGGGCCAGAUGUGAAGAUUACCAAAAGCCACACUGCUGCAAUUGACGGCAACUUUAUGAGACAGUUAACUGGUCAACCAGAAGAUUUUACUGGAAAUCAAAGACCAUGCAGUCUACAACCAAGUAUGUCAUUGUUUCCCACUGACCAGGAAAUAAAAAGGAGUAACACGGUUGGCAAAAAGUCUGUUAACCAGGCACUGUCUGAAAGUGUACCUGGCUCUUCAUUCCUUUUCCAUAAAGAUCAAACCAUUGUGUUUGCUGGAGAUGACAAUAUGGAUAUGACUAGAAGUCACACAGUUGCAAUAGACAGUCAGAGUCUACAACAUAACAUGACUGGACAAAGGUUGUUUGGUACAGGUAGGGAAAUCCGCUGUGAAUCUGGAAAAUCUCUAAAGACAAGCAGUACUAUAGAGAAAUGUACAGAAAGGUCUGGACUUGGUCUGAAUCUGUCAAGGAAGAGCAUCACUACUCGCUACUCUCAACUUGAUGAGCAAGAUGAUAUGGAAAUGACAAAAAGCCAGACAGUGGCAAUUGACUACAGGGAUAUUGAGGCAAUUCAUCCACAAGUGGAGAGCACAAGAACAUCUAGAAAAAGCAUGUCUGGCUUAUGUUCUCUUCCUGCUGAUGAAACUCUUGUCUUUAGAGACGAACAAGAUGAUAUGGAAAUGACAAGAAGCCAGACAGUUGCAAUUGACUACAAGGAUGUUGAAGCAGUUACAAAUCCAGUUACAUGGAUGAGUAAAAGUGUUGCUGCCCCAGUAAUGUCACCUCCCACUGAUAAAACAGUUGUGUUUUCUGAAGAACUGGAUGAUAUGGACAUGACUAAAUGUCAUACCGUGGCUAUUGAUAGCAGAAGUCUUUUGCAAACUUCAAAUGGAGGUAAGAUGGACUGCAAGAAUAUGGAAGCAGUUAAACUAAUGGAGAUCUGUAGAAAACCUCGGAAUAGUGUGGGUGGUUUACUUUCUCUUCCUGCAGAUAAAACUGUUAUGUUCACUGAGAAACAGGAUGAUAUGGAAAUGACAAGAAGCCAGACAAUGGCAAUUGACUACAAGGAUACUGAGGCAAUUCAUUCACAAGUAGAGAGCACAAGAACAUCUAGAAAAAGCAUGUCUGGCUUACGUUCUCUUCCUGCUGAUGAAACUCUUGUCUUUAGAGACGAACAAGAUGAUAUGGAAAUGACAAGAAGCCAGACAGUUGCAAUUGACUACAAGGAUGUUGAAGCAGUUACAAAUCCAGUUACAUGGACGAGUAAAAGUGUUGCUGCCCCAGUAAUGUCACCUCCCACUGAUAAAACAGUUGUGUUUUCUGAAGAACUGGAUGAUAUGGACAUGACUAAAUGUCAUACCUUGGCUAUUGAUAGCAGAAGUCUUUUGCAAACUUCAAAUGGAGGUAAGAUGGACUGCAAGAAUAUGGAAGCAGUUAAACUAAUGGAGAUCUGUAGAAAACCUCGGAAUAGUGUGGGUGGUUUACUUUCUCUUUCUGCAGAUAAAACUGUUAUAUUCACUGAGAAACAGGCAAUUAUUGGAAAUGACAAGAAGAAACUCAGUCUUUAG